UCUCAAGGUUGACAGAGAGGUUUGUGAAUGGGGUGGAUAUAUUAAUGGACACAUUCUGGAGAAUAUGGACUGAUUUGUUAGAUGUUCUUGGAAUUGAUGCCUCCAACUUGACUCAUUAUUUCAGCCCAGCGGCAAUUGCCAACAACCCGACCCGUGCUCUGCUGCUGAUUGGUGCCAUCUUACUUGCCUAUUGGUUUUUAUCUCUCUUCCUUGGAUUCUUCUUCUAUCUCCUGCACAUGCUGUUUGGUCGCUUUUUCUGGAUUGCGAGGGUUGCCCUUUUCACUCUCUCAUGCGUGUACAUCCUCCAGAAGUACGAAGGUGACCCAGAACACGCAGUCCUGCCUCUCUGCUUUGUUGUAGCGGUCUACUUCAUGACAGGGCCAGUUGGAUUUUACUGGAGAAGAAACAGCAACAGCAGCCUUGAGGAGAAGAUGGACCACCUCGAUAGUCAGAUCAGACUUCUGAACAUACGUCUUUCUAGGGUGAUUGAAAACCUGGACAGAGGCAGUGACCAAUGAACCAACCCCCAUAGACCACUGUACACCAGCUCUAGAAAAUUCCUAAGCACUGUCUUAUUCGAAGUUACAAAGCAACAAAACAUCACAUGGUAAAAAGUGUGCGAAGUUAUAACUUUUCAUCAUGUGUAAGACUAAUUUAUCUAGAUUAUACACUCAGCCAUUAUACUGGUAGGAAAAAAAAACAUUACAAAAAUUCAGCUGUAUAUUCAGAGAGUUUUAUCCAGUGCUAGAAUUUUCUCAGUAGAUAAACGCUUACUUUUACAAGCAUUUAAAAACAUCUUUUGUAAAGUUUUUAUAAAAGCAAAUUGAGUAGUCUUUCAAAUACUGAAAUUGAGCUAAACAUAUGCAAAUUUGACACUUAAAAAGUUAAAAAGAAAAAAAAAAAUCUCAAGCUACCAAACACUUCCAUUGAGAAGUAACUGCUGUGGGUCUGCCUUUUUUUUUUUUUUUCAAAGUUGUGAAUGUUUUUCUUUUAUUGUUGGCUUAUUUCAUUGCCUUGAAAGUUGCCUUUCAUAGAGUUGAGGAAUUUUCUGGUAUCUAGGCCAAAAAAUUCACACCAU